ACAAUAAUAAUUUGAUUUUAAGAAAUAAUUAACUAAUAAAAGUAAUGAUUAAUUAUUAAGAAAAAUAAAGAAAGAACAAAAAAAAAUACAAAAUGUUAUACGGUUUAAUUAAUAUAACCUGGUUUGAUAUAUUCACCGUCGGUUUUACGGUGGUGGCCAUUGUUUUGGUGCAAAUUUUAAACGUUUUAUGGGCGUCACUGGAAGAUAAAACGGCGGUGGCGACAUUACCGCAAAAAAGUGAUAAUAAUGAAGUGAGAAAAUCGUUAAAACUAAGUGAAUUAAAAUCGUUGAUAUCUAAUGAUUCUACAACAAAUGAUUCUAAUACUACAACAAUAACAGCAGCAGCAACUAAUGGCAAAUUACAAAAACAACAAAGUGAACAAAUUGAAAAUGGUUCAUUAACUUCAACGUCAUCAUUGCCAACUUCGCCACCUCCUCCACCACCCCUACCACCUUUAUUGUCAUCGUUUUCGCUUUCAUCUUUAUCACCAACAGCUUCUUCGUAUCCCUUAAAUGUUCGUAAUUCGGUGAGUUACCUGUUUAAUGGUAACGGUGUUAGCAUUCCAACAUCCCAUCAUAACUCCAGUCUGCCCGAUAAUUUAAGUGAUGAAUAUCACGAAGAUGAGGACACCAUCUCUUUGGAAAAUCUCUUCCCCUGCGAUCAAAGCGAAAUUUAUGCAUCGAAAAAAAUCAGUUACAUUAUCGAUGAAUUCCUACAAACCGAAGGAAAUUAUGUGAAUAACCUUAAGAAGGGCCUUAAAAAUUAUGGUGCCCUACAGAAAUACGAUCAAUUGCCGGAGGCCUUAAAAGGCGAUGACAAACAGCAGCAAUUGCUGGGCAAUAUAAAGGAAAUAUUGGAGUUACAUGAGAAAGAAAUACUGCCCUUAAUGUUAAGAAAUCAAAGAGAUUUGAAGAGUAUGUUUGAUGAAAUGGCUCAAUCAAUUGAUAAAAAUCAAUUUUAUUGCUAUGUUACCUUUACCAUGCAUAAGAAGACAUCUUUGGAAUUGCGCAAAGAUAAUCGUGAAUUUUUCCAGAAUUAUCAAAAUGAAAUCAAUGAUCGCUUAGGCAUUGAUAGUUUCCUAGUACAACCCAUACAAAGACUGACCCGAUAUCCACUAUUGUUGCAGCAGUUAAUUAAUGAAUUCUACAAAAGUGGUAUCAAUUGUAAGCCUGUCUUGGCUUCCUUGUGUAAAUUGGAGACACGCAUGCGCCGCCUUUUAGAGGUGGUCAAUCAAUCAGAAGAAAUUUUCUCCAUAGAAGAAAUACCAACCGAGCUCAACAUUGAGUUACUGGGCUCAUUUAGACGCUCCACCGAAUUCGAUGCCUACAAUCAUAGAUCGCGUAAAAAAUUCCACUGCAAAGUUUUCCUCUUCGAUCAGUGCCUGCUGUGCACCGAAGUGCGCAAACGUCGUCUAGCCUUUAAGCACUAUUAUACUUGGGAUUUAAUAGAGUUAAAAUUGAAUACCUCCAAGAGUAUAACACUACUAUCUAAGGCUGCCUCUUCUAGCUCCUCUGGCAGUGCUUCGAAUAGUCAUAGUUCCAUUAAGGAGGAAUAUGAAUUCUCCUCACCCGAAUCCAUUUCCAUAAAUCAAUGGCUGCGCUGUGCCCGCCGCAUUAUAGAACACUCUCGCAUCGAAGAGUCUCAGAAGGGCAAACUGGUUUUGCCCAUGGAUUUGAUUUUGGGUGUAGUUUUCGCUGUUUGGUACAUUUGGCACUAUUUGUGAGAGUUUACUAGAUUUCAUUUUCUAUAAUAAAGUGAUCUUAAAUUAUUAUCUUUUAAAUAUA